CACUCCCUUCUCCCUCUCCCCACUCCUCUCUUAAUUUUCCCACAUUCUUUCUCUUUCUUUCCCACUUUUAUCUCUGUACAUCUCUUUUCCUUCCCUGCCAAUAUCUGUCUCUUCCCCAUUCCUCUCUCUCUUUCCCCUCCCUCUCUCUCCAUAUUUUCCCCUCCCUCUCUUUCCAUAUUUUCCUCUCCCUCUCUAUCCUGUAGAGCGCAGACGCUCCUCCUGCUAACUCUCUCUCUCUCUCUCUCUCUCUCUCUCUCUCUCUGAGUGUUGGUGGUUGAGAGUUUAGCAGUCUGUGCUGUUUCUCUCUCUGGACUCAGUGAUGUUCUGGCGGUCCGGUGCAGCGGAGCGGGAGGAGAGAGAGAGAGCGCGGUAAAGAGUAAUAGAGAGAUGAUGGUGGGGGUACUCUGUGCUCUCGGGCUGCUGCUGCUGUCCUGCGGUGGUGAGGAGCUCCGGACGGAGAACUGCAGCUCAGCAGUCAGCAUCUGGACUGACCUCGGGAUCACUGCGGAGCACACCCCGGAACACACACUCACAGGUGAUCAUCUGCAGGUGUGCGUGCAGGAGAGGACCUGCUGUACACAGGAGGUGGAGGAGAAGCUCAGCGAGAGGAGUAAACAUGAGUUUGAGAAGCUCGUGGAUGAGGCCAGUGAAGACCUGAGGAACACCUUUGUGUCCAGACAUAAAAGGUUUGAUGAGUUCUUCUUGGAGCUGUUGGAGAACACGGAGCGCUCACUGAACGAGAUGUUCGUGAGGACGUAUGGAAAGCCCUACAUGCAGAACGCUGAGGUGUUCCAGGGCCUGUUCUCCGAACUAAAGCGCUACUACACCGGCGGGAACGUCAACCUGGAGGAGAUGCUGAAUGACUUCUGGACGCGUCUGCUGGAGAGGAUGUUCCAGUUGCUGAACUCUCAGUAUCUCAUCACUGAGGAAUAUCUGGAGUGCAUCAGCAAGUACAUGGACCAGCUCAAGCCAUUCGGAGACGUUCCCAAGAAGCUGAAGUCUCAGGUCACGCGGGCCUUCAUCGCUGCCAGAACCUUCGUCCAGGGCCUCAUGGUGGGACGGGAAGUGGCCAACAGAGUUUCAAAGGUUAGCAUGAGUGUGGCGUGUGUUAAGGCCGUCACCAAGAUGCUAUACUGCCCGUCCUGUCGAGGUCUUACUGCGGUCAAACCCUGCAGGAGUUACUGCCUGAACGUGUUAAAGGGCUGCCUGGCCAACCAGGCUGAUCUGGACCCUGAGUGGACGCACUACAUCGAUGCCAUGUUGCUGGUGACGGAGCGGCUGGAGGGACCCUUCAACAUCGAGUCUGUGAUGGAGCCGAUCGAUGUGAAGAUCUCAGAGGCCAUCAUGAAUAUGCAGGAGAAAAGCGUGCAGCUCUCCUACCAAGUUUUUCAAGGCUGCGGCCAGCCCAAGCCCUCGGGAAUGAGCAGGUCUGCCCGCGCCAUCUCGGACGUUUUCAGCACACGCUUCAGGCCCUACAGCCCCGAGGAGCUGCCCACCACCACCGCUGGGACCAGCCUGGACCGCCUGGUGAUCGACAUUAAAGAGAAGUUGAAGCUGUCCAAAAACUUUUGGUCCUCGCUGCCAGAAGGAAUCUGUCAGGAGGAGCACGUAGCUGUGGAGACGGAGGAGGAAGACUGCUGGAACGGACAGGAAGUGGGAAGGUACGUCCCUGAGGUUCUGAAGGACGGACUCACUCAGCAGGUCAAUAAUCCAGAAGUUUUGGUGGACAUCACCAGGCCAGAUUCCCUCAUUAGACAGCAGGUGAUGGCUCUCAGAGUGAUGACCAACAAGCUGAAGAACGCCUACAAUGGCAACGACAUCUACUUCCAGGACUCAAGUGACGAGAGCAGCGGUUCUGGUAGCGGUAGUGGCUGUAUGGAGUCCUGCGUUACAGAACCUGAUGGCUCCAUCACAGAAGGUCCCGUAUUAAAAGCAGAUCGAAGUGCUGAGCACUCGUCCGUCGCUCUGCUCCACCAGGCCUCGGUGUUUUCUCUGAUCCUGCCCUCCCUCACACUGCUCCACCACUGCAGAUAGGACACGCUGAGGGUGGACCCAGGCUUCUUCAGCCCACAUCCAGGAUCUGUCCUCUCUCCUGGAAGGACGUUGGUGAUGCUGAGGACUUCUUCUUUACGUCCCAAAGAUCACUUUGGUUCAGCCCAGCGCUGACCUUUCCAAACUGUCCACUUUAACGAGCGGUGGACUUCAUUAGUGAGAUGUAUUCACAGAGAGUUUGUACUUUGUACAACCGUCUGUCCUCAGUACAUCCCACUCAAGCAGCUCUGAUGUACGAUAAAAUAAGAUUUCUUUUUUUCAGCUCCCUCUUGUGGUAAUUUCUCAAGCCCUGUUCUGGGUCUCUGAUAAGUUUCUGACAUCAUCACUCAGUGCUGUUUCAAGCUUGGGGGCGGAUAAACCUCAACGCUGUGAUGUUGUGAUGUUAAAACAUGAUUAAGUUGGUAAUCACAAAAAAUUGUCUUAAUUUGUUGCAUUUAAUGAAGACUUUGUUUUUAUCAAUUGCACUAAAAGCCAUACAUGUAUGCGCACAAUAUGGCCAAAAGUAUGUGGACACCUGAAUAUCACAUCCCUAUGUGCUCACUGAAGAUCUCAUUCCGAACCCCAGGGUAUUAAUAGGGGGUCCUGCUCUCCAUUUGCUGCAGUAACAGCCUCAACACUUAUCGGAAGGCUUCACACUAGAUGCUGGAACACCGCUGCAGGGAUUCUCCUCUAUUUGUCUGCAAAAGCAUUACUGAGGUCAGGUACUGAGGUCAGGCUAUAAGGUCUGGCUCUCAGUCAGCAUUCCACUUCAUCCCAAAGGUGUUGGAUGUGUUGAGGUCAGGGUUCUUCCACACCAAACUCACUAUUUGUUUAAGGAGCUCACUUUUUUCCAGAGGGGUAUCCUGCUGAGACAGACAAGGUCAUCUGCAGACACAGUUCUCUCCUUCACUUCAACUAACUAGCUAAAAUCAUGACCGUUAUCCCCCCUGCACCAAACUUUACAGUCAGCACUCCAUAUGCAGGGAAGUAGCGUUCUCCUGCAUCCGCCAGUCCUGCCAGUCUAGAGAACGUAGUUCCACUGCUCCAGAGCACAGAGAUGAAUUGCACCACUCCAGAAUACAACAGGUGAUUGUGAUGUUGUUCCAAGAUGUUUCCACUUCACAACCACAGCUCUUCCUGCUGCACCUCUAGCAAGGCAGACAUUUGUCAAACUCAUUUGUUGUAAGGUGGUGUUCUCUGACAGUACCAUGAUGAAGUCAUUGAGCUUUUCUGUAGAAGCCGUGUACUUCACUGUACUGGCAGUGUCUGCAGAGACUGCAGGACUGCAUGAUUUUAUAUACCUGUUAGCAGUGAGUGAGGCUAAACCACUAAUUAGAAAAGUGUCCACAUACAUUUGGCCAUGUAGUGUAAUUGUAAGUGUUUUUAUAUGAUGAAAUUGUUGAUUUCAUUGGAACAUAAUUGAAGUUAUUGUCAUGGACAUAAAAACCCUGCUGAAAAAGGACCAUAGGAAACCUAAUUGUUUUGCUUUCUAAUGGGAGUUGGGUUAAUGGUUUCCGAUAGAGGCCACCAGUUUCCUGUAGAACACCUUUAGAUCCCAAAACAAAUUACAAAACACAUCAGGAACCAACAGAAAAGCUUAAUGGUUUCUAUGGGUUUCUAUGAGAAGUGAGUUUUCCAUUUAAGACACUUAAUUCUACUGAUAAUAUUUCCAGCAGUGGGACUGAACUACAAUCCACUGUUGCUGUCUUUUAAAAGGCUAGUCAGUCCGAAUGACUGUGGGAUGAUCUGGUCACUCUUCCUUCUGUCCAGUCAGUCUGAAUGUGUGAUCUGCUCCAUCAUAAUCAUCCAUAUAGUUUUCUGAACUUGGACCUUGAUUCACUCUGAUAAGACAGGGUUGCACAAGUGCUUAUUCUUCUCUCUCAGCUGAUAUUUGCUGGAAUGAGUCCCGCAUUUAGGGGCAAAAGCACAUGACUGACUGCUGCUGUACCUUUCAUUGAAAAGCCAGUGAAUUUAGCUUUGCCUCAGCUAGCAUUAGCAGCGUGAUGGUAAGUGUACUGGUAGCACCUUCUCUCCUAUAUUCAUCCUAAAGCAGCGUCCACUCAGCAGGAACUGAAACCUACACACUCCUGUUGUCAUGAGGAAAUGAUUGAUUUUAGUGAGACUUAUUUGAAGUGUUUAUUUUCCCUUUAAGACACUGUACUCGGUUUAUAAUGAUCUGUCCAAACUCUCAACAACACUUUUAUACAUUAUAGCACGAAGUAAGCUAGCACAUCCAUUACUGCACACUUUUUUUGAAGUUUUGCUUUUAUUGUUUGUUACAGUUCAAUAUGUUUUUGAAGAGAGGAAUAAAUCUUAUAUUCCAGCUCUGAAACAUGAUCGCUGUCUCAAAUGUAUCACAUGGAGGUCCAGAAGCUGGGCUGAAAUUAUUUUGUCUGCAAAUCAAAAGAUUAAAAAUUCUAAAUUGUA